CUGAGUUCUCGGUGACUGAGGGCUUCAGACUUUCUCCGCUGCAAGUUUCUUCUCCAUCUUUUUGUUUGUUUGUUUGUUUGCUUCGAAAAAUCGACAAGUUUCAUCUCCAAGGCUUGUUACUGCACUUAAGAUGGCUAGAUGGGAUCAAAUCUUCUCCCUGCCCGUGCAAAAUCCAACUUUGCCAGAGUUUUCUUCUGCGGAUCUCGUUUGGUCCAAGGUUGAAGGUUACCGAGACAACAUAGAUAGAUUAGCCCUCAUCCCCUACACGAGGGUUGAUGAUUUUGUAAGAGGUGAAUCCUCCAAUAAAGAUUGCCCUACCAGUUUCCAUGUUGAAGCUAGACGACGCAAAGCCAAAGAGAAAACAUACAAGGCCAAAGUUGAUGGCAUCUUGGAGUAUAUCCUGUAUUGGUGUUCCUUUGGACCAGAUGAUAACCGGAAAGGCGGAUCUGUACGGCCUUGUAGGAGCACAUAUGUUCCCAAGAAGAACAACGCAGGCCGGCCCAAUUCCAAGCGUGGCUGCAGGUGUCACUUCAUUGUCAAACGCUUGAUUGCUGAACCAACGGUGGCUUUGAUCAUUUAUAACCAUGACAAGCAUGUGGAUGAGAAAGGGUUGCCUUGCCACGGUCCACAAGACAAAAAGGCGGCUGGCACGAGAGCCAUGUUUGCUCCUUAUAUAUCUGAAGAUCUUAGGUUACGUGUCCUGUCUUUGCUCUAUGUUGGUGUCUCUGUGGAGACCAUAAUGCAAAGGCAUAACGAAUCGGUGGAAAAACAAGGUGGUCCGAGUAAUAGAGAUGAUUUGUUAACCCAUAGAUAUGUUCGAAGACUUGAGAGGAGUAUAAGACGUUCGACAUAUGAGCUGGAUGAGGAUGAUGAUGUUAGUGUCAGUAUGUGGGUUGAGAGUCAUCACAGCCAUGUGUUUUUCUACCAAGGGUUCUCUGACGCAGAACCGUUUUCAUUGGGUAUUCAAACUGAGUGGCAGUUGCAGCAGAUGAUUCGGUUUGGGAACUGUAGACUUUUGGCUUCAGAUUCAAGGUUUGGGACAAAUAAACUCAAGUAUCCUAUCCAUAGUCUUGUUGUGUUCGACUCCGAGAACAAGGCGAUUCCAGUAGCUUGGAUAAUUGCACCGCGGGUUUCAAGUGGAGAUGCGUAUAGAUGGAUGAGAGCUCUUUGUAACCGAGUCCAUGCCAAGGAUCCCUUGUGGAAGGUGGCUGGGUUCGUAGUUGAUGACCCUUUUGCUGACAUAACAACGAUCAGGGAUGUGUUUCAGUGUCCGGUCUUGUUUUCGUUUUGGCGUAUUCGCCAUGCAUGGCAUAAGAACAUAAUCAAGAGAUGUCAAGACACAGAGACUCGUGUCGAGAUUUCAAGACAUCUGGGUCAGGCCGUCGAUAAAGUCUGUAGAAAGCAAGGAACAGCCACAUUGUUUGAAGGUUUAAUGGAGCAUUUUGGUAAUAGUCCGGAGUUUGUAGAGUACUUCAGAGCUGUUUGGUCUCCUAGAAUAGGAGCUUGGACAAGUGCUUUACAGACUCUUCCCUUGGCAAGCCAAGAGAUAUGUGCAGCGAUGGAGCUUUACCACUAUCAGAUGAAGUGCAGGCUAUUGAAUGAGAGAGACUCUGAAGCUUAUCAACGUACUGAUUGGUUGGUCGAUAAGUUAGGAACGAAAGUGCAUUCUUACUUCUGGCUAGAUGAAUAUUCUGGAAAAGAUGAUUUUGCUAGGUACUGGAGAGAGGAAUGGGUGAGCGGUUUGACUUCUUUCCGGAAAGCAUCGAGUAUACCAGAUUCUCAUGUUGUUAUCUCUGGUAUGUCUGCAAAAGUAACAGAUAAAUGUGAUGUCAACGAAGUUCAUGUUGUGUGGAGUCCAAGUUCCCAUUUUGGGGUUUGCAGUUGCAGCUGGGCACAAAAGGGUUACAUAUGUCAGCACAUGAUCAAACUUGCACAAGUCUGUCGUGGAAACCGUACUGCUAAAGAAUCUGCUAGCCUUCUUCAGUAUUAUCAGGCCUUGGUUGAUCUGCUUCACUUACCACCUGGCGACUCCUUGUUUCGUGAUUACGCAGCUUCUUUAGCCGUCUCUGUGGAAAAGCAAAUCAAUGCGCUUGGCGAUCUGCCAAAUAGCGAUGCUAGUGAAGGGACUGUGCAGAAAGAAGUUGCUGGCGAAGUAGCUACUGAUUUGGAUGGAGAGUUGAGUAAAAUGCCAAUGAGUAGGGAUAAAUGUAGAGCCUGCUCCGAAAAUGCAGAAGAUGCUAUUUCCGGUUCUGAAAUGGAAAUGGAUCAUUCACUAUGUUCAACCAAAGCUGGUGCAGAAGAUGUUGCCUCUACCGUGCAGAACGAGACAGACAUCGCGACAGAGAAUCAUGAAAGAGGUGCAAAAAGGUUGAAAUUUUGCGCACCCGAGCAAGGGAGUAUGUCGAUGAAUGAUGGUAGCCGAGCGGAGAUUGUAGCCAGAGUUUCCAUAAAUUGACUGACCAUUCUAAUGUUGACCAUACACAAACUGUGAAGCAACAUAUGCUGAGACUCGGGAAACUUUAUUAGCUAUGAUGAUGUGGCUCCCACAAAGAGGAAACUGAAAGAAAGGUAGACAUUGCAUCUAACAGCUCUGUAGUAAUCUGGUUACUUUUUUAUACUGUCAAUCAAUCCGUUCCAGAUUUUUUC